GGAUCUCUGCGCCGCUGAAGUUUCGCUGCUGCGCCAUUACAGAGCAAUUAGAAACGAAACCUUUGUGAAAGCAGUCUCCUCUUCCCGCCGUGCACAGAACAAUCCUGAUGUUUAAUAAAGCCCUGUGAGCGGCGGUGGCGCGUCAAAGCCUAACUAAACGUAAAAUCCCGAAAGGGGGAGGAGAGUACCGAGAAGCGUAAAGCCUGGGUUAUACUCCGCCGACAGCUGGAGACUGCCGGAAGAGUCUGUUAUACUUCUUUUUAAGCCCACCGCCUUGGACAGAUGCUUGGUCGGUGCGCUGUCAUUAAAAAAAAAAAUACGCGCGGACCGCUAACCGUUUGAUGACGAAAGUAACGUCACAGGGAUCCUGGCGGAGUCGCGGACGCGGAAAGUAUAACCCCAUCUUAAAGAGGGAGGAGAGACGGAAACCGCGCGCCUCUCUUAGGUUAAAGAGUCACACACAUCGUCUUCUUCACUCCGGGAGUCCACUUUCCCACUACUUCCAUUUGAUUUAAUUUCACUUCUCCUUCUGGGACACUUAGGAAACCUGGCAGAGAGUUUCCCAUAGAAACCCUUGGAUUGCAUUGGGAAGUGUGGCUUUAUUUUCCUCCCCACCCACAAAACUUUAAAGCCAGCUCUGCACCAUGUCUGGUUACCCAGGCGCUCCCAACCAAGCACCCUACCCCAUGUCCCAGCCCGGCGGAGCACCUUAUCCAGGCCCUCCUGUAUAUGGAGACCCCAGUCAAGCCCCUCCACCAGGCUUCAACAUGGGCUAUGGAGGCCAGCCUCCUGUCAUGUACCAGCCUGGAUCCAUGAGCCCAGCUCAAGGCCCUGAGUAUGGCGGCCCUCCCGGGGGGAUCUCCCCAGCUCCUGGCGUUCCGGGAGUUGCCGUUGGGGUCCCACCGGGGCUUGAGUACCUCACACAGAUCGACCAGAUCCUGAUCCAUCAGAAAGUCGAGCUCCUGGAAGCAAUCAUCGGUUUUGAGACAAACAAUGAGUAUGAGAUAAAGAACAGUAUGGGUCAAAAGAUCUUCAAGGCCAAAGAGAAGAACGACUGCUGCACCAGGAACUGCUGCGGCUCUCUGCGCAGCUUCGACAUGAAAAUCAAGGACAACACAGACAGGGAAGUCAUCCGUCUCAUCAGGCCUUUCCGCUGCGUCUCCUGCUGGUGUCCCUGUUGCCUGCAAGAGUUGGAGGUCCAGGCUCCACCAGGGACCACCAUUGGGUACGUCAAACAGGACUGGCACCCUUUCCUGCCAAAAUUUUCUAUCCAGGGAGCAAACAAGGAGACACUCAUGAGACUGGAGGGGCCCUGCUUUGCCUGCAACUGCUGUGGGGACGUCAACUUUGAGCUAAAGGACAAAGAUAAUGACAGGUCCAUUGGUCGCAUCAGCAAGCAGUGGAGCGGCCUUUUGAAAGAAGUCUUCACCGACACAGAUAAUUUUGGCAUCCAGUUCCCGCUGGACUUGGACGUGAAGAUGAAAGCUGUUCUCAUGGGAGCCUGCUUCCUCAUUGAUUUCAUGUUCUUUGAGAAAGUCGGAGAGGCCAACCAGCGCAGCACUGUGUUUUCAUAAGAAGAAAAAGGAAGGGGGAAAAACCAGAAUGCAAUGUCUCUGUCUCGUGUUACGCAACACCUCUAAUUUUUUGUUUUUGUUAGUUUUUUGUUUUCAGACUUACAAUCCAUUUGUGUAUACACAAAGCUCAGUGUAAACAAAGAAACACUUGAUUAGAUUUAAAAUUUGAAAUUUUGAGACUGAAAUGGACUGUCAAGUUUUCAGUGUUUCUUAGAUGCAAUAGAAUCCGUAAAAUAUUUCUUAGUGCAUGAACAAACUUCUAGCUUAACACUUAAUCCUACCAAAGAUAGUUAAAUUUAGAAACAAGUAUGUACACACAUCCUUUUGAAUGUGCUUUUUGCUACACUGGCAUCAUAUUUUUUUCAUAUAAUCAGUCUGUCUUUUAUUAUUAGUAGUAUUAUUGUACUCCUGCCCAUGCUUUAUGAGUAUAUUGCAGUAUAUCUAGUGUAAGUGCAAUACUGUUGUGGAAGUAGAAAAUAUAUAUAAUUGCCUUUUUUUGUUUUUUCUUUCUUCUUCCAUUAUAAGAAUUAAACGGUGGCAAAGUCAGUCUCAGUCCACUGCUUUGGUCUUGAUGGAUCAUUUAAAAGAUUGUACAGAUAUUUUUGGUCUGUACUGACAUUAAUCAUUUAUCAUGUACAGACAGCUUUAGUUCAAAAGUUUAUUUUUGUUUAUUUCUUUUGGCUUAUGCCCUGAUUAUUACAACUUAUUACAUUCAUUUGAGCCUCCAUUGUAUUUAGCUUUAAAAAGCAAAUGUUUGCAUGCAAAACACUAAGAUAUGAUUGUUGACAUGGUAAGCCUUAAACCUGCCUCGGCUUCAGUUUCAGUGCCACUGUGAAUAUCUUAGCAGACUUUUGGCCCGAACCACUAUUGGGCCUAUGUGCCACUCCACAGAGCCACUUCCUUUUUAAUCUUUUUGUCACUUAUCAAAAGCCAUAUAGAAAACCUGGAUGUUAGCCACAGUAAACCUGUUAUGGUUAUUUAGCUUAGGGUGGCAGCAUGUGCAAAUGUUAGCAUGUAAACACACAAAAAUACAAUUGCUGACAUGGUAAUCAGUAAAUCUGCUCAACAUUAUUGACAUUGUCAAUAUAAAUAUUUUAGCUGCAGUUUGGGCUAAAUGCUAACUAUAGUGAGGAAGUGCAUAACUUUAAAUCUUUAUCAUUUAACUAGAGCCUUAUGGGAGACCUUUAGCUACAGUAAACGUUUGGUUAGUAUUUAGCCAACAUAAGGAAGUGAGGUUGUAAUAGCAUAUCCAAAGGUUAGCAUGUAAACACGCUAACUUAGAUGGUUGACCUGUCAAACAUCUUAACUACUAAACAACCUGAUGUUUACACUCCCACUGUGAAGGUUUUAGCCUUUAGCCCAAAGCGCUGCUGUGCCUGAGUACAGGCAGUAGCCUUAUUAUACUUUUGUCUAUAGUCGAAUGCCUUACAAAAAAACUCAACUUUGGCUCCAGUUACUCGCUGUCACUUGUAUAGCAGAGUGCUGCCUGUACUGGUGUGAAGUUGUGAACUCACACAUUAUGGGUUUUACCAAUGUGAACUCUGUUUCCUUUUCUCUCAGCCACUUGUGUCUUAAACCACAGUACAUUUUGUAAAGCGGUUGCACAGACUUCAGUGCAAAUGAUCUCAUGCUCCCUUGUGUAGUUUUUUCCCUUUGACACUGGUGCUACAGUUGAACCUCACCCUCCAGUUCCUUUCACAUACCACUAUUUUGAACCUGUGCCUGACUAAUGAUAUAUAGAGAGAAUGCAGGUUAAAGAUUCAAGUGAGGGAAGAAAAAGCAGAAGUUGAGGUUAGUGAGUGCUGAUCUGGGCUCAGAAUUGUUGGAAAACAACACCAGCAAAACUUUCACAAAACACUGUGUAGUUCCUUCCUUCCCUGGGAAGAGUUCCUGCAGUUACAGUGGCUGUCAGAGAGCGAGACCUGAAUGUGAAGUGAAAUUGUGUUCUUGUUUUCUUACUUGAUUGGCUCUACAGUAUUUUAUAUAGAAAUGUUAAUGUUUGCAAAUGCAAACUGUCACAGUUCUGUGUUUAAUAAUCAUUCUUGUUCUGGGCAUGUCUCCUGUGAUGCUUGGUUGCCACAAGUGCUCUCAAAUCCAGCCAGCUAUUGCUGUCAUUAAUCAUAUAUAAUAUAUAUCCACUGUGGCCAGUAAUCUAUCCUUUAAUAUAGGAUAAAUAACCAAAGGAUAUACAGUUCAUUGAGUUUACUGUUCCUCUGCAUGCUUUUUGGAUGUUAUGUGCAGCUAGCAGGUGCUGCAACAUUUUUUGUCUUUUAUCAGAUCUGUUUUGUGCCUGUUGUGAUUGGACAUUUUUACAUGCAUAAAACAAUGUAGUUCACAAAUAAACAUGUCAUGUUAAGCCAUUAUUGAAAGAA